AUGACGGCUGCGAAUACGGGCUUCGAUGCCGGAGCAAUGCAGAACCAGACGGAGAUGUACUUUGAGUCCGUGGAACAGAUUAUGGACGAUGAGAGCUCGGAAUCAGACAAUCAGGGGGUGAGUGGAACUGGAUAUAAGAGCACCGUUGCCAGUAAAUUCUUUGAGGAUAUGAUUGGACCAUUUGCCCGUUAA